GCAGUCGGUGGAAGGAGGGAGGGGAGGAGAGCGAGGCAGCCGGAGGGCAGACCCGAGCCAGUCAGCGCGUCGGUCAGGGAAAACCGAGACAGGCGAGAGACACUCGGAGUGGGAAAGAGCUCUCACUCCCUUCCCACCAGGAAAACAACAUUUAUCUCUUGGGUGCGCGCGUGUUUUUUUUUUUUUUUUGUUGCGGACUUCGCUUCCUAGUUUGACUUGUGAUUUUUUUUUGGGGGGGGGGCGGUGGGAGGCUCGCAGUAAACACUCUACUCACGUUUGCCCCGCGGAAGCGCAACUGAUGGUUGACGUGAGCGCAGCAGCCCUGCCCGCGCCGGUGCCCCCCACGGCCACAACGAUCCUCCCUAUGGACCUGCGGAUGGUUGACCACCACCACCGCCACCAACAGACCCCCUACGGUUUAGUCCCCCAGCCCCACCCUGCGCCGCCCACCUCCACCGCAUCAAAUGAGCCGAGCAAUGGGCCGUGCAUUAGCCACCAAGAGCAGCAGCUGCAGCAGGAGCUGGUGGCUCUCAAACACAAACAGCAGCUCCAGAGGCAGUUACUCAUUGCCGAGUUUCAGAGGCAGCACGAGCAGCUGUCCAGGCAACACGAAGCCCAGCUUCAUGAUCACAUCCAGCACCAACAGGAUUUGAUGACGUUGAAACAUCAGCAGGAGCUGCUGGAGCAUCAGAGGAAGGUGGAGCAGCAGCGCAACAAGCAGCAGUUGGAGAAGCAGCACCGGGAACACAAGCUACUGCAGCUCAAAAACAAGGAGCGCGGACAAGAAAGCGCGGUGGCCAGCACCGAGGUCAAGAUGCGACUUCAAGAGUUUGUCCUGAACAAGAAGAAAGCCUUGGCUCAGCGAAACUUAAACCACUGUCUGUCCAACGAUCCCCGCUACUGGUACGGGAAAACCCAACACAGUUCACUGGAUCAAAGCUCCCCUCCCCAAGCGAUGAUGUCGGCAUACCACCACGCGGUGCUGGGCACGUACGACUCAAAAGACGACUUCCCACUCCGCAAAACGGCCUCCGAACCCAACCUGAAGCUUCGCUCGCGACUAAAGCAAAAGGUGACGGAGCGCCGCAGCAGCCCUCUCCUCCGCAGGAAAGACGGCGGCCCCGUCGUCCCUACGGCCAAGAAACGCUCCCUGGAUAUUGCCGACUCUGCAUGCAGCAGUGCCCCCGGCUCAGGUCCCAGCUCCCCCAACAACAGCUCCAGUAACAUCCCCCACGAGAACGGGGCUCCCAUCUCCAGCAGCCCAGGAGAGACGUCCCUGCUCCAGCGCCUGGUGUCGAGGGACGGUUCCGUCAGCCAUCUCUCGCUUUACACCUCCCCUUCUCUGCCCAACAUUACGCUGGGGCUGCCGGCCACAUGUCCCGGAAGCACCGCAAUAUCAGGACACCAAGAUGCCGAGAGCCGCCUUGCGUUGCCCGCCGCCUUGCAGAAGGGCAUUCCUUUGACUCCCCCUUUCCUGCCCGCUGCCCACUUGCCCGCCUACUUGGCAUCUUCAGGUCUGGAGCGGGAGGGCGGGGCCGGCGGGGCGGCUGGCCACGCCCCCCUUCUGCAACACAUGGUGCUGUUGGAGCAGAGCCACGGUCCAAUGGUCGGCUUAAGCGGCCUGGCGCUCCCGUCGCCUCCAAUGUCCAAGCUGGCGCGCGGCCAUCACCCUCUGGGUCGAACCCAGUCGGCGCCGCUGCCGCAGCAGCAGCAGUGCGCUCAGGCGCAGGCCCUGCAGCAGCUGGUGGUCCAGCAGCAGCACCAGCAAUUCCUGGAGAAGCACAAGCAACAGUUCCAGCAUCAGCAGCACAUCAUCAACAAGAUGAUGUCUAAACCGAGCGAGCAGAGCUCAGCCGCCAGCUCGGCGGCACCCGUGUCGUCCAGGCAGCACCAGAGUCACCCGGAGGAGACGGAAGAGGAACUGAGGGAGCAUCAGGGGCUCUUGUCCUUGUCCUCGGUGGCCAUCAAGCAGGAGCCCCUCGACCUUCAGGAGCAGGAGGAGAGGCAGGCGGAGCAGGAGCUCCUCUUCCAGCAGCAGCAGGCCCUGCUGUUGGAGCAGCAACGUAUCCAGCAGUUGAGGAGCUACCGGGCGUCGAUGGAGGCGGCCGGCUUGUCGGUCAGCCUGGCGGGCCACCGCCCCCUCUCCAGGGCGCAGUCCUCUCCGGCCUCGCCCUCCUUCCCCAUGACGGUGCAGGAGCCGGCGGUCAAGCCACGUUUCACAACAGGUCUGGUGUACGACUCCUUGAUGCAGAAGCACCAGUGCAUGUGCGGCAACACCAACAGCCACCCGGAGCAUGCGGGUCGCAUCCAGAGCAUCUGGUCGCGUCUUCAGGAAACGGGCCUCAGGGGCCACUGUGAGUGCAUCCGGGGACGGAAAGCCACACUGGAGGAACUCCAGACGGUGCACUCCGAAGGUCACGUUCUGCUGUAUGGAACCAACCCACUACGGCAGAAGCUGGACUGUUCCGCCAGUCCCAUGUUUGUGAGAUUACCAUGCGGAGGCGUCGGGGUGGACAGCGACACCAUUUGGAACGAGAUCCAUUCGUCCAGCGCGGCUCGACUGGCUGUGGGCUCGGUGGUGGAGCUCGUCUUUAAAGUAGCCUCAGGAGAACUGAAGAACGGUUUUGCGGUCGUGCGACCACCUGGACACCACGCGGAGGAGAGCACGCCGAUGGGAUUCUGUUACUUCAACUCGGUGGCCGUCGCCGCCAAGCUCCUGCAGCAGAGGCUCAAUGUCAGCAAGAUCCUCAUCGUGGACUGGGAUGUUCACCACGGCAACGGGACCCAGCAGGCUUUCUACACCGACCCCAACGUCCUUUACCUGUCCUUGCAUCGCUACGACGACGGCAACUUUUUCCCAGGAAGCGGAGCCCCCGAUGAGGUUGGCAGCGGCCCUGGUACCGGCUUCAACGUCAAUAUGGCCUUCACUGGAGGACUCGAACCACCCAUGGGCGAUGCCGAGUACUUGGCAGCAUUCCGGACAGUGGUGAUGCCCAUAGCCAACGAGUUUGCUCCGGACGUGGUUCUGGUAUCAUCUGGUUUUGACCCGGUGGACGGACACGCGCCGCCUUUGGGUGGAUACACGCUGACUGGCAAAUGUUUCGGCUACCUGACCAGGCAGCUGAUGGCUCUGGCAGGCGGUCGGCUGGUACUCGCCCUGGAGGGAGGCCAUGACCUCAAAGCCAUAUGCGACGCGUCUGAGGCCUGCGUCUCCGCUCUGCUCGGCAACGAGUUGGAGCCCAUUCCAGACGAAGUCUUGCAUCGGAGACCAAACGCCAACGCCGUCCGCUCGAUGGAGAAAGUUCUUGAAGCUCACAGUGGAUACUGGCGCUCGCUGCAACGCUCGGCCUCCACGCUCGGAUGCUCUUUGAGCGAAGUCCUACGGGGGGACGCCGACGAGGCUGAAACCGUCUCCGCGAUGGCCUCGCUGUCCGUCGCCAACAAGCACUUUGGAAAGAAGGCCGACGAAGAACCGAUGGAAGAGGACGCCUCCAUGUAAAGCGGCCGCCCCCGCCUUUCCAGCACUGAGACUUUGCAUCCCGACGGUGGUCAGAACCACUCCCACCACGCCACUCUGCCGGCGUCAUCGCCAGACGCCGACCAGAAAAUGGACAGGACACGCAGAGAGCGGUCGGCCCACAAAAAAAACAACAAACAUUGUCACGUAAAUCUACCUUGAUGUCUCCAAAUGGACGUCACUUGGUGGAACGCGCGACCAUUCCGCAGCAUUUAGUGCCAGUACUUUUCAUACACUACAGUAGACACACGUCGGGGUGUCCUUUUUUUUUUUUUUUUUUGCAACGUCAGUCAAAACCAGAUUCUGCAUCCUGCUUUUUAUUUUUUUUUAUAUAAGGUCUUCUUUUCGUGUGCAUAUUUUCAUCCAAAACCCACCGGAGGAUAUUAAGAAUGUCAUUCUGCACUUAGGUUGGAACAUUCCGGCUGUUUUAUUUUUUUCGUUCGUGAAAAAAUUAUAUGAAAGAACGGAACAAAGAGAUGAAUUUGCUCCCAUUUUUCCCAGUGUGUAAUCUGGUCCGCAGGUGUUCUCAUUCCGAAAUGAGUGACGGUGGAAGGAAAAAAGAAAAAAAAAAUCUGUGCGUUUGUGCCUUUUUUUUUUGUUAUUGUUUCAAAUAAUAUCGAUAUUUUUGGAUAGUUGCUUAAAGCGCUUAUGCCUUAAAAACGGGCUCUGAAAAAGGGCACCCCCCCCCAACCCCUUAUCCACCCACUUCUCCAAGACUCGGCGAGAUGUUGGGUUGCCUUGUUGACAUUUGAUGGCCUGCAGCAAGGCGGACGUGGACGUGCGUUUUCCUCCGCUCGUUUUGCAAGGUCAGACCCGACAGUCCACUGGAGGCACUUACAAGUAGCAUGCACUGUGAAAGACAAAAAAAAAAAAAAUUCUGUACGCUGUGUUCCAAAUUAUUACCCAUGGAGGUUAAACAUUUGACGGGGAGAAAAAUGGCGUAUCCCCUGACCGCAACCCCACUGAGAACUCGCGUCCUUAACGACAAGAAAAGACAUUUUGUUCAUCUUGUUCAUCUGUUUUUCAAAAAGUAACUUUGCACCCAAAACAAAGGAGCAAAAACAAAAUCCGAAUGACAAAAAAAGUACAAUUGAGAAAUUGAGAAAAAAAAUUUUUGAGAAAAAUUUUAAGAUUUUAUUUUUAUUAUUUUAUAUUAUUACAAUUAUUUUUUUUAAGUAUUUACUGUUGCUCAUAUACUCAACAUAUAUGCUCAACAUACUGUUCAUAAAAGUUCAUAUAUUUCAGUCAUUGAUUGAUUUUUUUCAAAUUUUUGAAGCUGACAGCAGACAAUCGAGGUCCAAAUCAAAAAGGAGCUUGCCAUUAACGAGACAUUGUGAUUUCCUCGGAAUGUUGUCGAAGAGCUCAUUGAACAAUGCAAACACUUGCAGAGAUUUUGUCCAUAUUUAUCCCGCUCCGAUCGAAUAACAUCUUUGAUCAAUAUUAUGAGGAGUUUUCCUGUUGAUACUCUUCGGUCAUAAUUGGAAGAAUGUUUUUUUUUUUUCCACAAGUAGCCCCUUUGCAUUCAUCGGGAUCCACGAAGUUGCUUUCACUUUCCAUAAGGACCUUUGAGGACCUUUGCACUAACAACAAAGACAAAUUCAAUUUCCGCAGAUCUCUAUUUCAUUUGCGUAUGUCAUAUUCUAUCAUUUCCAUUCUAUACAUUCUAAAUGUCUAGCUGCUGAAAGAAAUGAAAAUUGCGCUUGUUUGCCUAAUAAUGUGGAACACAGCGUUGUGGCAACGACGUGGCAAGAAGAAUUAUCCUGAGAAAUGGUCGUCCCGGUGAAGGUUUUGCCAUCCUCGGACGGAAAGAGUCACUGGCCUUCUGUUUUCGAACCAGGCGCUUUCCACGACAUGCCACCUGGGAGGUUGCGGAGGGGCGGCCGCUUCAACAUCUGCUCCCCAAAUGUCAGGUGCUGCAGCAUGUGGCGGCCGCGCGCACAUCCAAUUCAGCCACCGCAAAUUUUCUUUUUUUUUUUUUUGCCUCACGUUACCCUCACCAUAUGACCCGGUUUUGUUUUCUGGUGAUGCCUUGAGAUACGACUGGAAUUGGUGCCGUGACCGCGCUCAAAACAAAACGAAGGUGUGUUUCAAGUCAGAAAAAGCGACAGUCUUUAUUAUUGUGCAUCAUAAAUAUAAACCGUCAUGGUGUAAUUAAAUAGAUGGAUUCCUUUUUUGUUGUUGCUUUAACUCGAUGGCUAUUGUGCUCUCCCUUCUGGUGUGCGUGCCUUCCUUGGCCACCGGGGGCAGUAUAAUAGAGACAGAUGGAUAUCGUCUGGUUGCGGCUUCCGCCUGAUUCGGAUGUCUUGAGCCCGAUUCUGAUAUUUGGCAGGAUAAGAUUCCCAUAACCGAUUAAUCGGCCCGAUUAAUCGGAUUAAUCGGGCCGAUUAAUCGGUUAUGGGAAUCUUAUGAUUAAAAAUACGAUAGAAUGAAUAAACUAGCAUAUUUUAGGUCCCUUGUCGCUUAUUCCAUUAAAGGUAUGAUUUACAGGCUGAACAGUUGCUUUUUAACAAUACUUGGUCCGAUAGUGAAAAAUUGUCGGAGAAUGUAUGAAUGUCAUUCACUUUGACUCAUGUUGUAAUUUGUUGGUGUUCAAUCAACCAAUAGUUUCCAAUUUUAGAGUUUAAUAGUCAUUUAAAUGGGCUUGUAGUGAUGUUAGUCGCCCUUUCCGGAUACGUCGACAAGUCUUGCUUCAAAUCGCUGUUUCACACUGACGCUAGUUUUGUACGCUCAUCGUAUGCAUUUGCCGACAUGUGUUAGCACUUAAGCUAGCCGACUUUUAAGUUAUGUGGCUGUUUCAAGUAAGAAAUCGCCCCCGGCGACAGAUCGUAUCUCGAAGCACUCGUAUCUCAAGGCACCACCGCAGUUAAGUACGAUUCCAAAUGGCAUCCGAUGUCCCAUAUGAUUAAAAGUCUUCUUAACGCCAAUCAGCCUUUCGAAGUCUGUCAACGGGUAUUUGAAUGGCUAUCGAGGGAAGUUCAGUUUGAAAGUAUUUGGCGGGUUCCUUCGCGUUUACGAGAGUGUCGCAUGAAGUCGAAUGAAAGUUGUCGUUGACGUUCUUCCCUUUCAUGUCGCCCCAGCAAAACCGGCUGAAUUGGUAACCGUGAGCGCGCAAAUGUGGAUUUUUGUUGUCUGGACAGUUUGACGUGAAUGACGUCGAUCUUCCUUGCACACAUUUUUCUUUGAACCUUCUUUCCGGGGACGUCGUAAACCGAUUUGAGCUAUUGUUGUAUUUGUUUAUCGUUUUGUAUAUUUUGUUGAUGUUGCCUUGUGUUCCCUUGCUAGACCGAUGAGGGUCCUGAAAUGGACUGAGCGUACUUUUUUUUUUUGUUUUGGGGCGGGUGAGCGGGGGCUGGGGGGGUGUUUCUACUUUGUAUACAAUUGUGCAUUGUCUGUUGAUAGUAGAGUUCUAUAUAUGAAAAGAAAACGAUUCUAUUCUAUAAGCGGGAUGUGCACGUUCCCAUGUAGUGGGCCCCUUUUUACGGAAAGUGCCGCUAGUUGUCCUUUUUGCUAUGUGCUUUUUUUAUUAUUUUUAUUUUUAUGGGCUCUCUUUUCGUUUUUGGACGAGGCGUUUUUGGACGUGUUCAUUCCCAUCGGCCUCUUUGCUUCACCUAGUCGUGCACAUAUUUGUACUUUUCCAAACUGCCCUCGUCUUCUUCUGUCCUGAGAUUUGGAUUGUAGACCAACGUGCGUUUUUUUAUAUGGCACCUGUUACAUUUGAAAAAUUCAACAAACCCGAGACCAACAUUAAAUCUGGAUUUUACAAUUCA